AUGGGAUUAGCUUUGUGUUAUCAAAUCGACCGAUUCGCACAACAUACGUUCAGUCAAUGCUCACAGUUGCGACUUCUCGAUUUGAGGCGAAAUCCGCUUAAAGCGCUUCCAUAUCGCGGACUGCAAAUGACCACCAAACUGAAAUGGCUUCGAUUGUCCGAAACACAAAUUGAUGUUCUAUCAGCUGACCAUCUGAUUGGACUGACUUCAUUAAGAACUUUAUCAUUAAGUGAUACUCCAUCAUUGAAAUCCAUUGAAUCGUUCGCAUUUCUACCUCUGAAAUCGUUGAGAACACUCGAAUUGGAUCGUUCAAAUCUGACGCAAAUACCGCUAGCUGUUACACAGUGCUGUCAUUUGAGCAGUUUGCAUUUAUCUGGCAACUUGUUUCAUCUGAAACAAUCAAUGCCUCCCGAGAUUGUUGGACUUCUUUCACGACUCACUUAUCUGGCGUUCGAUUGUAAUCCGCUUUCGGAAUAUCCCGUUGGAUUAUUUCUAAUUCCUUUCUCUAAUCAUGUUAGUUAUCGUUUCGUUUAUACACAUCCAUUUUACUCUCAACAACGCUCUGAUGCUCUCAAUAGAUACACAAAAGCUACUUUCAAUUGUUGA